AUGUUUAAAAUAUAUUUAUUAGAGAAACAUGCCGCUGAAAUAAGCCCGGCCAAAGAAGUGAAUGGCUUCGAACGAGGUUAUUAUGGACCAAGAAGGAGAAAGCUUUGCAUACGUACAAACGAACACCUGAAAGAGGCAUACUUGAAAGAGAGUUUGAACUACGUGACAUUUUGGUUGGAUCCCUUUCCUUCGUCUACUCCAAAAGGAAAGGCAAUUCUAGGAAAACGAGGGUCGGCUGACGACGACGAGCUCAUCUGCCUUGACUUUAGGCCGACGGGAAACAAGAAAACAAAAACAGAAGUCAAGAAAGAAGGUGAUAGUCGCUUCAACAGCUAUUUGUCAAAACUACGCCAAACCGAACAUGGCUCAAAAAUGGCCGAUUUUAAAAUAAAGUGUUGGGCAAGAAUGUUGGUAAAUGGAAGUCACGAUGACGAGACAGUGCCACCAAAUGUUUCGUUUUUUGCGACAGAGCCUAAAGGUGUAGUUAAGUCAUCAACAUCGACUUCCACGUGUUCUACCUCAGCACAACCCAGCAAACGAGAAAUGGAUGCCACGGGAGUAAACGAAGCGCAGAUCAAAGCACGAGGACUAAUUCUUGGCUAACUAGUUGAGCUGAAGAACCUGAGGGAUGGCGAUGUCAUUAGCAACGAGGAGUUUCAAGAGAAGAAAAAGAAGAUGUUGGAGGACCUCAAUAAAACUAAUUGAACCGAGC